GUCGUUGUUGUCGAGCUCAUCGUUGAUGGCGUCGUCCCGCACAGAAUAGUGUGGUUGAUUUCUUCCGUUGUGCUCUUGGCACAGGUUCCACAUACGCGGGGCGUUGUUGCUGAUGGGCUCACCGAACUGGUUUACAUUCCUUACACUGCCUUUGGUUGCUGUCCCUAUCAUGGGCUGCAUUCGUUCUCGUCCAGUCCUUCCCUUGCCUUCCUCGCGUUGCCUUGGUCCCCUUCUUUUCACCUUUAUCUCUUUGGGAAAUAGUUCAUGUUGUCUGAUCUGCAUCUUUUUCUAGUGGAAACACAUCUGUUUUGGCACCAUGCCGUCAACGUCCUCGAUCCGGUUGAUGUCCUCGGACACUACGCGUUCGUUGCUCCCCCUACCACCGCCACCACUAACAGCUCGAAUGGUCUACUCUAUCCCGAACGUCUCCCCGCUUACCAACACUAUCGCAACAUUCUCAGCUACUCAUGCGUCAUUUGCCGGAUAAACUACCCCCACAUCAACCACGGCCUCGGCCAAGCAAAGCGCGCUGUGCGUUUCCCUACUUUGGGUAUCGUUGGAAUCUGUCGAGACCACGAUCGCCACAAGACGAGCUACUGCGGCGUCUGUUAUCGCGAAGCUACCCGCGAGCGCGACUUGAGUCGUGACCGUGUCGGGUGCAUGUCCAAUGAAGACGUCGAAACGUGGCCCGGUAUCGAAGCGACAUGCAAGCAGUGCCGCAAGGAUGGUUUGUUUCGGAGAGCGUACGCACGGGUGGAAGAUCAGGAGGCGCUGGGGAUGCUGGGUUCGAAAGAUAUUGACGACGAAGCAAGAGCCGCAGUCGAGGGUUUUCUCACCUUCGCUGAUGGUUCCGUGCGGCGGACACUCGAGACUGUGCAGGACAGAUUGUGGUUGAAGAAGCAGACGAGGAUGCGCCAAUUUAGAUCUCUUGUCGCUGCGAACCGUUACGAGACACGGGAGGACGGCAUCCAGCAGUUAUCCGCUUACCGAGCAGCCAUGCGAACUCAUGAGAGCGAAGAAGAUCUCGAUAUGGAUACGAGUGAGUUCGAAGAGGAGGAGGAAGAGGAUCCCGAGAUCGAACAGCGGUCGUUAGAGGAUCAUAGCGCAAAAAGCAUGGCCCUAGGCGACUGGGCGCGCAACAGAAUAUUGGAUGGGUUCUGGGUAACACCUUGCGACCAAUGGAUCUCUGGUACCAUGCUAGAAGUAUCUCGUGCCGAACAUCCCUGCCCGUGGACGCGUGGAGAGGAGGACGACAGCAUCGAGGAGCAUCCCCGGCAAGCGACGGUCUUGGGCGACGUGCCUCCGUCAUAUAGUCUGUGCGAGCACGCAAAUUACGCGUACAUGAAGGAGCUCCGGACGCUGCUCCUUCCGCCGAUGAAGAAUAUUGUUCGGAGAUUGGUUAUCGAGUGCGCGGCUGAUGGGUACGACGCCGUGAGAAAGGCGAGCAAGAUGACUUUGGAUGAUGUCGUUCACGAGCUCAAGGAUGAGGCGGUUUGGUUUGACGGGUUCGACUGGCUAGAGCGGAGGAGGAAUGACCGACUAGAGGCACGCAAGAACGAACAGCGGAUGCGAACCGUGGAAGAAAACAACAGUAGCGACGAAUCUUCGCUAUCCAGCAAGUCGGACGGAUCGACUACGAGCCCAGUGCUUUCUACAUCAACCCUCCAGACGACGCCUUCCCCGCCACCCAAAGAGGCCAUCUUGAUUCCAGUAUCGCCUAUCCUUGAUCCUCCACGGCUCUUGAGACCGAUACCAUAUAUUCCGGAAUCGCUGAUCCAUCUGCCGGAGCAGAGUUUGGAGGUUUUCCAAGGAAUAUGGAGAGAUGCCUGCCGGCCGCUCUAUCACUGCCGAUGCAAGAUAUGCGAGCGAGCUAAAGCUGCGGAGGGCGUGGUUCAAAUAGCACCCGAGGAUACGGCUCAGCCUGUUACGGCUGCAGCGGAGAUUCGUCUACCGUCUCCUGAGGCCGUCGACGUCGAGGCUGACGAUGACGAGCUCGACUAUGAUUCGUAUUAUGACGAAGAGUUUUACUCGGAGGAAGAGGACGAGGCAUGGAGUCCCUCAGCUGAGCGUAAAUCUCCCGAGGUGCCAGACCCACCCGUCAGAAAGAGGUCGUUAGAUGAUGUAGCGGAGCCCGUAAGGUCGGGAACGCCGCCCAAAAAGCUGAAGGUUGAUGUCGAAACUAGCCCGCCCGAGCCGAGGUUGAAGAAGCGAAACUCGGAAGAACUCGAAGUUGUUGAGGACAGUGCUGGGAGGAAGCGGUUCAAAACUGAAGAAGUUGUCGAGUCGCCGCCGACGUCGUUGGGGAAUAGUGACCACUCGAGCUCGGUACCGCCGCUCGAGGAGGAAGAGGCACGGUAGAUGUGUUUGAAUGUUCUUUUCUUGUUUCUCGCAUAUGCUUUCCUUUCGUUGCCUUUGAGUGUAUUAUAUCCCAACCGAUUCUGGCAUACCUCUCUCUUGCUUAGUUCGCAAUGUUUGUGCUAUAUAAAUGUUUCUCGUAAAUUGCUUGGCCACCAAAACUAUGUUUG